AUGAACCUCUUUAACAUCACUGCACAUGUCAUGGGGAGGUUUGGCUCGACUAUUGCCAGUGUGGCUGAUGUGAACGGGGACGGGCUCCGGGACGUUGCUGUCGGGGCCCCGCUGGAGAACCAGAACAGAGGAGCAGUCAGGGGGCGCUCUCCUCAGAUCCACCACAGACACAGAGGAACCUUCAGACCUCAGUCCAGCAGGGGGCGCUCUCCUCAGAUCCACCACAGACACAGAGGAACCUUCAGGCCUCAGUCCAGCAGGGGGCGCUCUCCUCAGAUCCACCACAGACACAGAGGAACCUUAAGACCUCAGUCCAGCAGGGGGCGCUCUCCUCAGAUCCACCACAGACACAGAGGAACCUUCAGACUCCAGUCCAAACCCAGGAAACACAGGCUCAGAGAAGGAGGAGGUGAAGGUGUGGAGGUGGAACAGUUCUCCAUCAGAGACGACCUCAUAGAAGGACAGAGAUCCAGCCUCAGAGUCCAGGAACACAGACACUCGACCUGA